AGUAGGAUUAAAAUGUGAUGUCUAACUUGUAAGGAUUGCAGAAUAUGGACUAGGAAGUGAGGUUUCCAAACAAGGUGAUGUUUAUAGUUAUGGCAUUCUCUUGUUGGAGAUGUUUACGAGAAAGAGGCCUACUGAUGACAUGUUUAAAGAAGAUUGGAACCUUCAUGAAUUUGUAAAGUCAGCUUUCCCAAAUAGAGCGAGUACAAUUAUUGAUCCAAUUCUCAUUCAAGAAGGAGGCCAAUCAGAUGACAAAAUUAUGAUGGAAUGUUUAAUCUCCAUACUUGGAAUUGGAAUUUCUUGUUCGGUUGAAUCACCAAUAGACCGGAUCGACAUCAGUGAUGCCGCUAUGAAUCUUUUUUUGAUCAGAGAUAAGGAACAUACUCAGUUGGUGGAAAUGAUACUGAUCAACAAGCCCUGCUCGGGUUCAAGGCCGGAAUAGCAUCUGACCCUUUUGGAGUUAUGAGCUCAUGGAAUGGUUCCAUCCAUUUCUGCCAAUGGUAUGGGGUUACUUGUGGCCGCAGGCACCAGAGGGUCACAAUUUUGGACCUCAGUUCCUUAAAACUUGGGGGUAUCAUAUCCCCAUAUAUUGGUAAUUUGAGCUUUCUAAAGGUACUACACCU